AUGCCGAGGACGACCCUGGCCGGUCGGAUCCGAUCGAGCGUCCACGACGCCGGGGCGGACGAGCGCGAGGUCGACGCGUCCCUCGCGCUGCUCGCCGACGUGGUCCUCCUCAAAGGUCUCAUCGACGGAGCUCCCGACAAGACGCGACGACUAUCGAGAGAGCCGUGUCCCCACGGCGCGAAGUAUCGCUCGGCGUGCAGGGUGUGCAGCGCGUGUCCGCACGGUCGUCAGCGCUGCAGGUGUAAAGACUGCGGCGGGGCGUCGAUAUGUUCCCACGGUCGCAAGCGCACGACGUGCAGGGAGUGCGGCGGCGGCGGGCUCUGCGGGGCACACGCGAGGCAGCGAUCGUUGUGCAAGGAGUGCGGCGGCGGUUCCAUCUGCGCGCACGGUCGCCGACGGGUGAUAUGUAAGGACUGCGGCGGGGCCGGGCUGUGUCCGCACGGUCGACAGCACCACGUGUGCAAGCCGUGCGGGGGGGCGUCCAUCUGCGCGCACGGCCGCCGCCGCGACCGAUGCAAGCCGUGUGUGGCAAAGAAGUUUAUCGCCGCGACGUCCAAAUCUUAA